AUAAACUAAAACGAUUGUAGACAACAUAAGAUUUUAUUGCAGAACUUUGAUGUAAAAUAAUUUAUGACUAUAAUAAAACUAAUACUAGAACAUUGUUAUUUGUCAUACAACAAGACUAUCUACGUACGGUAUCCCAAGAAGGUUUUUAAUUUGUUGUGAAGUAUAUGUAUCCAUAGAAACCUAAAUUCUAUUUAGUCAGUAAAAGGUAAAACGAGCACUUACUAUAAUAAAAUCCAAUAAUCCUUAUCAAAAUAUACAAAAAUCAUAAAAACCUUAAAAUGUCAGUAAAUGCAGGUGAUAAUUUAUUAAUUGAAAAAGAAUUGAAAAUUGUAGUAAUAGGAGAACCAUCUACAGGAAAGAGUUGUAUCGUGUCUAGAUAUUGCCAUGAUGAUUACACAAGACAAUAUAUACCAUCAUGUGGCGUAGAAUUUUAUUUAAAAAGAACACAAAUUCAAGGCCAUAAUAUCAGAAUCAAUAUUUGGGAUACAAGUGGAUCAACUAAUGUACUAUUAAAAAAAUACAUUUAUAAUGCUGAUGCAAUUAUACUUGUGUAUGAUAUAACAGACUGUGUUUCGUUUUCGGCUGUGUCGACAUGGUACAAUAAAGCAAUAAGUGUUCAUUAUGAAAAUGUACCAACGUUUGCUUUAUUUUCAAAUAAAUGUGAUUUAGAACAUAAAAGAUCAGUUGCUGAAGAAAAGCAAAUAUUGUUUUCAAAAGAAUUUAAAAUACCAAUUUCUCAAUCAGUAUCUGCACGCACUGGUGAAAAUAUAAUGUUUGCUUGGCAACAGUUAGUGGCUGAAUGUUUGGGAUUAAAACUUUCGAAGUUUGAUUUAGAACAACAUUUAGUAAGACCCGUGAAAGCAGAAAUCGAAACUACGGCCAAUCAGUAUAAAACUAUGAUAUCGAAUCAACAGCAAAAUAUGUCUUCUUCAAUUUGUGUUAUUCAAUGAUGUAUAAAAUUAAUAACAAUAAUAAAAAAAACAAAUGUAAUGCAGUUUUUUUAGUA